AUGGAGAGUCUGGUCAAGCCGAUCCUCGCGCGGCACGGCGCCGGCUGCGAGUGGGAAGACGUCGCCUUCCCCGCCGCCGACGCCUCGCUCCCCGCCUCGGCCCACGGUGCGAAGUGGCAGCGCGCCCGCCAGUUGUGCCUCGCGCCUGUCGUGUUUGGCCGCUCGAGCAAGGCUGCCGACGCGGACGCCAUCGAUCCGUCUGAUAUCUCGCAGGGCGCGCUCGGCACGUGCUAUUUCCUGUCCGCCCUCUCGGUCGCUGCGACGAGGCCGCAGCUGAUUCGCUCCUGCUUCGUGACGACGGAGCCCAACGAGGCGGGCUGCUACUGCGUGCGCCUCUUCCGCGACGGUCGGCCGCGCCACAUCCUGGUGGACGACCAGCUCCCCGCGCACGGCCACGGGCGGCCGCUCUUCGCCGCCUCCAAGCAGCGCGACGAGCUGUGGGUCUCGCUCCUCGAGAAGGCCUAUGCCAAGCUCUUCUCCUCGUACGCGGCCAUCGAAGGGGGGCACGUCGACGAGGCGCUCGUCGACCUCACCGGCGGCGUGGGUGGCGAGAACUUGUCCCUCGCCGAGGAAGGCCGCGACCCGGACAGGCUGUGGUCUCGCCUGACCGGGUUUGUGCACGCGGGCUACCUGCUCGGGGCGGGCUCCCCCGCAGGCACCGACACGGACGUGUCUGCGGAAGGAAUCGUGCAGGGCCACGCGUACUCGUGCCUGAGGGUGGCCGAGGAGGAGGGGCACCGGCUGCUGCAGCUGCGCAACCCGUGGGGGAGGACCGAGUGGCGCGGGGACUGGUCCGACGCGUCGCACCUCUGGACGCCUCGGCUCAAGGCGAGGCUCGGCUGGAGCGACGCGGACGACGGCACCUUCUGGAUCGGCCUCAAGGACUUUUGCGCGUCGUUCGCCCAGCUGUACGUGUGCAAGAUCCCAAACCCGUCCUGGGCACACGCCGAGAUGCAGGGGGAGUGGCGCGGCGAGAGCGCGGGCGGCUGCUCCAACUACGACACGGUCGGCGCCAACCCGCAGUGGUCCAUCACCAUCGGCGAGCGGCCCGUGGCGUGCCUCGUCUGCCUGGCGCAGGCCGAUGCGCGCGGCACCGACCUCGACGGCGACGGCGUCGAGGACGAGCCCUUCCCCAUCGGCCUCUCGGUCGUGUACAAGCGCGGCGAGCGCGUGCGCAAGCUGUACGCGUCGGACUGGUGCGCGCGGACGGCGCCCUUCCGCAACACGCGGGAGGUCUCCCUCGACGUGACGCUCGAGCCGCGCUCCGGCGGCGCAACCACGACUUACACGCUGCUGCCCUCCACCUUUGAGCCCGGACAGGAGCGCAACUUCCGCAUCCGCGUCUUCUCGGACAGGCCCGUCGAGGUGGCGCCGCUCAGGUGACCGCCCGGCUUGUCACUCGCCACACUCGGACCAACCAUACCUUAUACACCUGUACGUGUGUUGCUACCGCCCGCGUCUCACCGCGUGGGCUAUGUAAUGACUCACCCUCUCGUCUGUGGUUCUUGUUCUCUCGCGCGAGUGACAGUGUCUCUCUCCUCUCUCCUCUGCGGGUACCGAAAGAA